AUGACGACGAUCGUAAGUGAGCUUAGCAUGCACGAUCUAAAUAACAAGUUCUUCGAGAUCAUGCAAAAUGAAAGCAACGCAGAAGAUGCGGCGAAUUUUAUUUACGAUAGUGUUUAUGAAGAUGUCGCAUUAGGGUUCCUUUUCGAAUUCCAUCAUGGUUUAAAGACUGGACUUACGGAUUUGAUAGAAGGGGAAAAGGAAGAAGAUGAAAGCUGUAAAAUUGUUGUCUCACCCGAAUGUGAUGUUUUUGGUUUUUCUGUAUUAAAGAAAACUCCAGAUUCUAACUGUUCUUGUCCUAAUUGUGAGCGGCCAGUAUCUGCUACUCGUUUUGCACCGCACCUAGAGAAAUGCAUGGGAAUGGGAAGGAACAGUUCUCGAAUAGCAUCAAGACGUAUUGCAUCAAAUAGUCGUGAACCAACCUCAUAUGCUGGACUCUUAAGUGAUGAUGAGGAUGAUGCUGAUUGGUCAGGAAGCUCCAUGCAAAGUGAACGCCGAAAACGCAGAAUCAGAAGUAACAACAACCGGAAGUCUAACAAAAUGCAUAAUGGUAACAGGAAUAAUAAUGGAAAUCACAAUUCGGAUUCAAAUGAUGGUGCCACCUAUGAGACAAUGAGUGCAAAUGAAAAGAAAAACUUGCUGCAACAGAUAUGUGGUGUUGUUUCUGAACACACAAAGAAACUGUGUAUUAGAUCAACUCGCUGCCCACAACACACUGAAGAACAGAGGAGAGCUCUUAGAAAUAGUGUUUUGGAACCAUCCACUCCAGAAUCUCAACCAUUACUGACAGCUGAUGAUGCAGGAUCACCUCCAGAUUCUAGUCCUUCAUCUUCCUGUUCCUCUUCCAGCAGGAAGCGAGAUAGGCAUCGCGCCUUGAAGAAUAAGAGUAAGAGAAAGCGAAAUUUAUCGCCUAGUGGCAGGGAUUAA